AUGGGAGGAGAAGGAAUGGUGUUACUGAAGUGGGCUGGAUAUAUGAGGAGGGCAGAGAGGUCAUGGAAGAAGCUAUUCUUUAGAAAUAAUAAAGUUGGAAAAGUGGGAGGAGUCAAUAUGCGAGCUAUGAAGGAGAGAGUAGCGAGACCAUGGUGUAUUUGCGGGGAAUUAGUAGCAUUUCAGGGUGGGAGAGCUAGCCAUUUUGAAUAUUAA